GUCAGGGAGCAGUCUCCGGACAGGAUAUGAGAGAGGAACUGGGGUCUCCAGUCACGGGAGCCCGCAGGAGCUGCAGGCGCGGAGGGGACGUGGCUGCUGCUGCCGUGAGCAGGGCUGGUCUCCCGCCGAGGAUGAGGGCGCCCUGGCCCCAGCCCUGGGGGCUCGGCCUCCUGCUCUUGCUUCUGCCCGGCCCGCUGCGCGCAGCAGAAAGCCACUUCUCCCUCUUGUACCACUUCACGGCGGUGUCCUCCCCUGCCCCGGAGACUCCUGCCUUCUGGGCAUCAGGCUGGCUGGGUCCGCAGCAGUACUUGAGCUACAAUAACCUGCGGGCCCAGGCUGAGCCCUGUGGGGCGUGGGUCUGGGAAAACCAGGUGUCCUGGUACUGGGAGAAAGAGACGACAGACCUGAGGAACAAGGAGAAGCUCUUCCUCGAAGCCCUUAAAGCCUUGGAGGAAGGUCCCUACACCCUGCAGGGCCUGCUGGGCUGUGAAUUGGGUCCUGACAAUGCCUCGGUGCCCGUGGCCAAGUUUGCCUUGAACGGCGAGGACUUCAUGGUGUUCGACCCCAAGAGGGGCAUCUGGGAUGGGGACUGGCCUGAGACCCUGACCAUCAGUAAGAGGUGGAUGCAGCAGCCAGAGACAGUCAACAAGGAGAAGACCUUCCUGCUUUACUCCUGCCCCCAGAGGCUGCUGGGCCAUCUGGAGAGGGGCCGAGGAAACCUGGAGUGGAAGGAGCCACCCUCUAUGCGCCUGAAGGCCCGGCCGGGCAGCCCCGGCUUUUCUGUGCUCACCUGCAGUGCCUUCUCCUUCUACCCACCGGAGCUGCAACUGCGAUUCCUGCGGAAUGGGCUGGCAGCGGGCUCCGGUGAGGGCGACCAUGGCCCCAAUGGCGACGGCUCCUUCCAUGCCUGGUCAUCACUAACAGUGAGAAGUGGCGACGAGCACCACUACUGCUGCCUGGUGCAGCACGCGGGGCUGGCCCAGCCACUCACUGUGGAGCUGGAAUCACCAGCCAAGUCCUCGGUGCCAGCGAUUGGAAUCGUGGUCGGCCUCUUGCUGCUCAUGGCAGCAGCUGCGGGAGGAGCUCUGCUGUGGAGAAGGAUGAGGAAUGGGCUGCCAGCUCCUUGGAUCUCUCUCCGUGGGGACGACAUAGGAGCGCUCCUGCCCACUCCUGGCCUGCCCAAGGAUGCUGACUCUUAGGAUAAAGUGCCUUCCCAGCAACUGCCAGAUCGUUAUCCCCCAUCCUGGCUGCUACGAGCUAAUGUAGUCAGGCCCCUUUCAUGCUGUGAGACCUCCAAAAUCCUGGCAUUUCUGAGCCUUCAGAAGGAGUGCUGGGCCCAGUGUCCUCCCUUGGUAUUUCUCCUGUGGUCUGCCUCAUUUUCCCCUCCUGAUGUACAUGGCUCUUUUCUACCUCCCCUUAUAACAUGAGUUUGGGCCCGAA